UUUCCGGGAUGCAAUGGGGCGGAAGUUACUGGAACUUGCGGAAGGAACUUUCAGCAGCGUUUAAGCUUUUAAUGUUUACAACGCAAGUAAAGCCUAGAAGUCUUGAUUAAAACGGUAUCAGCUCUGUGCUAUGGCGAUCCUUUUCGCUGUGGUAGCUCGUGGAAACACAAUACUCGCCAAACAUGCCUGGUUUGUAGGAAACUUUCUUGAGGUGAUGGAGCAAAUUCUGGCAAAGAUUCCAUCUGAAAACAACAAACUAACCUACUCACAUGACAGGUAUCUCUUCCACUACAUCUGUCACGACCGAAUUAUCUAUUUAUGCAUCACAGAUGAGGGAUUUGAGAGGUCACGUGCAUUCAGUUUCCUGAACGAAGUCAAGAAACGUUUCCAGACCACCUACGGCUCUCGGGCGCAGACGGCUUUACCCUACGCCAUGAACAGCGAGUUCUCCAGCACUCUUGCUGCACAAAUGAAACACCACUCAGAUCCAAAAAGUUCGGAUCGGUUGACAGAGACACAGAUGCAGGUGGAUGACCUGAGAGGCAUUAUGGUCCGGAAUAUUGAUCUUGUGGCGCAGAGAGGAGAGAAGCUGGAACUUCUCAUUGACAAGACUGAGAAUUUGGUGGACUCAUCUGUCACUUUCAAAACAACGAGUCGCAACCUAGCUCGUGCCAUGUGUAUGAAGAACCUGAAGAUGACCAUCAUCAUCGUAAUUGUAUCACUCGUGGUGCUGUACAUCAUAGUAACAGCAGCAUGUGGAGGUGUGACUUGGCCCAACUGUCGGAGCAAGUAGGAAGCAGAGCUGGAGCUUCUGCUGUCAUGCUGACCGACCUGGAAGGAAACUAAACCACUCGCUCAAGACCAGUACGCCAUCUUUACAUUUAUCUGGUAUUCCUGAUCUCUCUUCUGUUAAGCCUGUCUCUCUCAGCUGCAGGCUUUAACAACCACACACACACACACACACAUACACACACACACACACACACACAAACUCACACAAAAGAGUCAGGAGAGCCUGGAAAUUAAACACUCUUUAAAAUUCCCCGUCUUACUCCAGAGUAACUCAGAGUGUUCCGAUCGAGUCAGCGAAUGUUUGUGACUGUGAUUUCUUCCCCAGAACAUUUUCUUUUAUCCCAUGUUGUGAAGCAGUUCUGUUUCUGACGAAUAUGUAUGUCAAGUUCUAACAUGUAACCUUUGCUAGCAAGGCACAAUUUUAUGCACACACACACACAACGUACCGGUAGUCCUACUCAGUAGCCUAUUGCAUAUACCAGUGUUCAAAAUUCAACUCACACAAUAAAAAUAAAUGAUGUUUGGUAUGUUAUGUAUGUGUAGAUGACAAUAAAUACACUGUAUUAUGAUCGCUAUGAUAUAUGUGCUGAUUUGGGAAAUGUAAAAAUGCCCCUGUUAGUUUGAGUUAGUAAAUAUUUGAAAACCAAACAAGAAGAAUCAGUAUAAGUGUGUAUAAAGUGUAUAAAACUUAAAGAUACAGAUUUACAGUUCUUUCCCUCUUAGAAGAUAAAUAACUAAUGCACGCUUCUAACAUGGUUCGUGGUAUAAGUACCACAUCUUCAUGUUUUAAGAGAAAAUUAUAAUCCAGACCUAUACAGGUGUUCAAACCUUAAAUACUGUAACAGUUGUACAGGCCAUAUGCUUUUUUUUAACGUGUACAUAGAUAUCUAUUCCAUACUGAUCUGCAGGAAUGAUUGCUCUAUACUAAGUUUAACAAAACUUUAUCUCAGAGUUUCUAGUUUCACUUUUGCCCAAACAUGAUCUAGAGAUAAUUUAUAAUAUCCUGCUUUCUAUUUUUUAUUUCUGACAGAAGUGAUGUAUAUUAUGCCACAGUAAUACAACUGCUCUUCAGGUCAAAGUUCACGAGUUUUGAUUAUGUAAAUGCCACAUUUUGAUUAUGUAAAUGCCUCGACUCAUAUUGAGCUCAAACGCAGAUGUACAGUUGAUACACAAGAGGAGUAUUUCACAAGAGACAUUAAGGACUAGUGCACUGGUAACUGGGAGGAGAGUUCAGUCUCCCUGGUUGAUCGUUACAUAUGUGUCAAGUGAUUGUUUUUCACCCAGAAUGCACUUUUUUGUUUGCUUUUCACCAUAAUGAUGUGAUUAUUAUUAUGCCAUGAAUUGUGGAAUUAUUUAAUUAUUCAUCAAAUUGAAGAGAAUAAAGUUCUAUCUGAAA